AUGUCUCGCAACAUUUCUGUCAUGAUCAACGGCAAAACCGGCAAGAUUCAUGCCCUACCAACACUCAUCCAUCACAAAGACAUCAAACUUUACGAAGAAUUCCAGACUCACGCAUUUCGACUCAAUAACGCUAGGCAAAACUUUACCAUUCCGUUCACCCCGAAUUGGCUUUACUAUCCAAUCGACUAUCAAAUGAGCCUCGACGAAGAUCUCAUGUUCUACGGUGAAAGACGACGACUUGCCUCUUACGAACCAAAGCCAAUGAAGCAAGAACCUCAGGAACCACAAACUCAAGAAUGUCCGCCAGAAUAUUUCCAAGAUGCGCAACUCCCUGAUGACUCUAUGAAUAUAGAUGAAAUCAGUAAGAUGUUCGAUAUUGAUGUUAACGACGAUUCGCAGAAGACUUAUGAAGAACCAGAAGACGAAUACAUAUGCCCAGAUGAUCACUACGGAUGCUGCGAAAAACACAUCAUCGAGUUCGAGAUAGACCACUAA